AUGGUUCUUAGAAGUCAUCUGCUGGUAAACCCCAAGAAAUCUUGUAAGAUUUCUGGAAACAAACUUAUAUUCUUUUGGGUGGAGUGCCCACAGGUCACCCCUUGCAGAAAGCUUUCUGUGGAGGGGCUUCAGGGGUAUUGGAGUGUGGGCCCUGAGGCAGCAGCCCCAGGGAAGCAGAAGCCUUCAGUGCUGCCAUAUGAGGGAUUUGGGAGCCUGACUUUGACCCCAGUGCCGCCCCCUGCCAGUCCACUACCACCCCAAGUACUCAAUCCCGAGAAACCAGGCCAGGCCACUAACCAGUUACCAUACUUACACAAAGUGCUGAUGAAAGUCCUGUGGAAACAUCAAUUUGCCUGACCAUAUCGGCAACCAACAGAUGCCAAGAAAUUGAUCCUGUUGGACUAUCAUAAUAAGAUCAUCAAGAAACCCAUAGAAGUGGGAACAAUAAAAACAAGGUUUGGAGAGCCACCAUUACUGGUAACAUCUGAGUGUGUGUAGGAUUUCAAUCCCAUGCUUAACAACUGCUGCACGUGGGUUGUAUUGAUGGCACAGAUGGCGGCACUGAUGCCAACUGAAGAGAAUGAACUGGUGGUGACCGUCCCUAAGGAGAGCCACAAGGAGGAGGCAAAGCUGAGGACACAUGAGAGCAGCCUCUCCACUGUACACCAGGUGCCUGCUAUCUCUUCUUUGUCUCACACAUCCUCGAAUUCCUCAUCAUCUGAGAUGGCCACCACUGUUCUGAACACCCCCCACUGUUCAGUUAUCUCUUCUUCCCUUCUCAAGUCUUUGUACUCCACUGGCACCCCAUUGCAGACAGUCUCUGCACCUCCUCCUGCCCCCUCACUUACCAAGGAGGGGGUGAAGUGGAAAGCAGACUCCAUCACACCUACAGCAGCAGCUAUCCUGGUUCCUGAGUACCCAACCAGUCCCCCUGGGGGUGGCCCAGAGCCCAAGACUCCCCAGCUGGCCCAUAUACACCAGGAAAAUGACCUUCCCAUUAAACCCCAAGGUGAAGAUUCUCCAGCCUCCCAGCAGCAGCAUCUGAGCUCUGAGAAACAGAAGCUGUCAGAGCAACUGAAACAUUCAGAUGACAUUUUAAAAGAGCUACUUUCCCCAAACCAUUCUGCUUAUGCCUAUCCUUUCUAUGAGACCGUGGAUGGUUCAGCCCUUGACCUGAUUCACUACCCUAACAUUCUUAAGCACCCCAUGGACCUGAGCACUGUCAAGCAAAAGAUGGAGAACAGAGAUUUCCAGAAUGCACAAGAGUUUGCAGCUGAUGUGUGCUCUAUGUUUUCCAACCGUUACAAGUAUGACCCUGACACUGUUGCCAUGGCACAAAAACUACAGUAUGAGUUUGAAUUCCAGUAUGCUAAGACACCUGAUGAGCCAACAAAGCCAAGUCCCUUACCUGCCUCAACUCUGGUACCUCCUGGCUUAGCUCAAUCAUCCUCUGAGAAGAGUGGAAGUGAAAGUUGCUCAGAGGAGGAGGAAGAAGAAACUAAAAGUUCUCACUAUGAGAAGGAGGGGGCCAACAUGUUGGGUGAACUAUGGGGACAGCUUCGGGAAGCAAAUGAACAGUUGGCUGCCCUGUACCAGCAGUCAAUUUCCAAGCUUAAGCAGAAACAAGAGAAAAAAAAGAAGAGGAAGGCAGAAAAGCAGUGGCGGCGAUGGGGGAUGGACAAAGAAGACAAGAGUUACAGGCUGCCUCACCCACCACAACCCAAAAAAUCUUCCAAGAAGGCAGGUGAUGGUGGGGUUUGCAGUGGUCCCGGGCCAGCUGAGCCUCCUGCCUUUGGUCUUCCUGGAAGUGGUUCACUUAGGCCCUCAGAGAAGGUGAUGAAGACAGCUUCAUCUCCACUAACUGCUCCCUAUAGCUCAGAGGAAAAAAAGAACGGGCCCAUGAGUUAUGAUGAGAAAUCGCAGCUGAGACUGGACAUCAAGAAGUUACCUAGAGAGAAGUUAAGUGGUGUAAUCCACAUCAUCAUGGCCCAAGAACCCUCAUUCUACAACUCACCCUCUAAGGAGAUUAAUAUUGAUUUUGAUACUCUCAGACCAUCCACACUUCGAGAACUAGAGCACUAUGUUCUUUCCUGCUUGUGUAAGAAGUCAAGGAAACACUAUAUGGUCAAAAAGUCAGUAGGUAAGACAGAGGAAGAACUAGCUCUAGAGAAGGGACAAUUGGAGAAGAAGAGGCUGCAGUAUGUGAGUGCUCAGCUCAAUGCUACCAAGAAGACCCCCAAGAAGGCAAGGAAGAGAGUUGAGACAGCACAGCUACCCACUGUGUUGUGCCUCAGUGACUCACACUCCAGCUCAUCCUCAUCCUCAUUUUCCUCUUCUGAUUCCAGUGACUGA